AUGGCGAAACGAAAUUGCGGUAAUUCAAUAUUUUAAUUUUAAGAUACACCUGCUGCUAGGGAACAAAGAAUCAUUUGGAGACAAAAGCUCCAUCGUCCUGGCAGAAGAGACCGGUUAAACACAAAUUUCGUGUAAAUUUUUAAUAAACGAUUCUUGUUCUAUCCGCAGCAGAUGAAAAUGUCGCCCUCGAGUCGAACGGAAUAUCGCGCGAGCUCGAGACUUUUGAAAAGAAAUCUCUUCUCUCGUGGCGAUGAUCUCUCGUUUCAAAGGAUUCGAUCGAAACCCGUUUUAACGCUAACGAUUGCCGUUAACGUUACAGUGCGGACGAAGGGUUCGACGGCACUUACCCAACGAACGUCGUCGUGAAGAACAAUGGGACCUGCUUAUACGUACCGCCCGGCAUAUUCAAAAGCACUUGUAAGAUAGACAUUACCUGGUUCCCCUUCGACGAUCAGCGCUGCGAGAUGAAAUUCGGCUCUUGGACGUACGACGGCUUUCAGGUAAGUAAGUGAUAAAUGAAUCUCGCUGGAUCUAGUUCUCUCUCUUUCCUUUUUUUUCUUUUUCGUUUGUUCUUUAGGGCCUUCAACCCUCUGCGCUCGUAUUUAUAUUUGAGAAGGUUACCAAUCAACUCGGAAUUAUAUUUCAUACCCGAUCAAAAUGA